AUGCAAUUUUCUAUUGAAUCCGCUAUCGUCGUCGCCUGCAUUGCGGCACACAUUCCAACUACGACUGCGUUCAGCAAAGAACUGAGCGACGCCUUGCGUAGACUUGCGCUGGAUCCCACUGGCGAUGGCUGGACCCAGCUGAGCGACGGCGACGGCGACGGCGGGCAGCUGCUGUCGCUCAACGGGGCAGACGACGUGAUUGAUCAGGUGGCCAUUCCGUGGCAGCAAGAGGCCGAGCUGCGCUACGAGCUCUCGCUCGCGUAUCCGGCCGUAGUAGCUGCAAUGCAGUCUGGCCCCGCCGAGCAGUUGCGAUCCGAAACUCGCAACGUUCUCGCGGAGCGCGGCUGCCCGAGUCUGAUUAUCCCUUGCACCAGUCACUCGACUUGUCAACAGGUCGGAUGCUCUGCGUGCCUUUUUGAGAAUCCAGUCGGCGUAUGCUAUGGCUACAACUAG